ACAUCCCAACACUUCUCAUUCCAUUCCAUUCUAUUCCAUUUCAUUUCUCUCGAGUCCCAAAAUAUCCGGUAGGGUUCCGAUGGAAGCAAGUGCCGGAAAGGUGAAGAAAGGUGCCGGAGGAAGGAGAGGAGGUGGGCCCAAGAAGAAGCCCGUGUCAAGGUCCGUGAAGGCUGGUCUUCAGUUCCCAGUUGGAAGGAUCGGUCGGUAUUUGAAGAAGGGAAGAUACUCUCGGCGCGUGGGAACUGGUGCUCCUGUUUACCUCGCUGCUGUCAUGGAGUACCUCGCUGCUGAGGUAAUUUCACUUACUAGAUCUUUGAUUCGUGUGUUGGAGUUGGCAGGGAAUGCUGCUCGAGAUAAUAAGAAAAAUAGGAUUAUACCUAGGCAUGUUCUGUUAGCGGUGAGGAACGAUGAGGAGCUUGGAAAAUUGCUUGCUGGUGUCACCAUUGCUCAUGGUGGUGUUCUUCCUAAUAUCAACCCUGUACUAUUGCCUAAGAAGAAUGAAAGGGCUGCUAAAGAGCCUAAGUCUCCCUCCAAGGCUACCAAGUCUCCCAAGAAAGCUUGAUAGUAGCUUUUGAUUGUUAUUUUGUAAAUGUUCUGUUAGGCCUUUUUUGUAACGUAUAAGUUAAUGCUUUUGAAAGAAUGUGAUGAUCGCAUCACAUCAUAUCUCUGUUUAGGAUUUUUCAAUGAAUGGCUAAGACGGCUCGUUUUAGGAUUUGGCACUCAGUUCUCCUCCUUGUGUGUUCGUGUGUUAAAAGAUUUUUA